UACACCAAAACUUCUUUCCUGAAGUACUCUCCCUCUCUGAUCAUACGGAGAUGAAAAUUGAUAUCCACACUCAUAUUCUACCAAAAGAAUGGCCAGAUCUAAAAAAGAGAUUUGGUUAUGGAGGCUGGGUGCAGCUUCAACACCACAAAAAGGGAGAAGCGAAGAUGCUGAAAGAUGGGAAGGUCUUCAGAGUAGUCCAGGAGAACUGCUGGGACCCAGAUGUGCGGAUUAGAGAAAUGGACCAAACAGGAGUGAAUGUGCAAGCCCUUUCCACAGUGCCUGUCAUGUUCAGCUACUGGGCGAAACCUCAAGACACCUUAGACCUGUGCCAGCUUUUAAACAAUGACCUAGCAGCCACCGUUGCUCGCUACCCCCGGAGGUUCGUGGGUCUGGGAACGGUGCCCAUGCAGGCCCCCCAUUUGGCUGUCAAGGAGAUGGAGCGCUGUGUGCAGGAGCUGGGCUUCCCGGGGGUUCAGAUCGGCUCCCACAUCAACGAGUGGGACCUGAAUGCGCAGGAGCUCUUCCCCGUCUAUGCGGCAGCAGAAAGACUCAGCUGCUCCCUGUUUGUGCAUCCCUGGGACAUGCAGAUGGAUGGACGGAUGGCCAAAUAUUGGCUCCCUUGGCUUGUAGGAAUGCCAGCUGAGACCACCACAGCCAUUUGCUCUAUGAUUAUGGGUGGAGUGUUUGCAAAGUUCCCUAAACUGAAAGUGUGUUUUGCACAUGGAGGUGGUGCCUUCCCCUUCACCUUGGGGAGAAUCUCCCAUGGAUUCAACAUGCGCCCAGACUUGUGUGCUCAAGACAAUCCAAUCAACCCAAAGAAAUACCUAGGGUCCUUUUAUACAGACUCCUUAGUUCAUGAUCCUCUGGCCCUCAAACUGUUGACAGAUGUCAUAGGAAAGGAUAAAGUUAUUUUAGGAACUGAUUAUCCCUUUCCACUGGGUGAGCUGGAGCCAGGGAAACUGAUAGAAUCAAUGGAAGAAUUUGAUGAACAAACAAAGGAUAAACUCAAAGCUGGAAAUGCGCUAACAUUUUUGGGACUUGAAAGGAAACAAUUUGAAUGA